GAAUCGAUUUUCGUCUAUUUUUUUUUAUCAUCCCUAACAUCAACCAAAAACAAAAGCAGAGCAGCCAGGACAAAAUGGGGAAAAAGAAUAUGCUAAGCACAAUGCUGAACCGUUGAUUUUACCUAUCUAAAUGAUCGGACAAUCUGCCCAUUUAAGUCUUAACAACAUCGACCAGACCACCAGGGACAUCAUGAUUCACCGACACGUCUUCUCUCAGACGCAAUCAGUUCUUUACUUUGUCUGACAUUCCCAACUCAAACAGAAACAGCAGCGCAGAGAACUAAGACAGAGAGAGUAAUCAGCUGCAAAGAAACAUGGGUUCGGUAGCAAAGAAGGGAUUGCAGAAAUACUUGUUACAGCUUCAACAUCACCCCUUGAGAACGAAGGCAAUUACGGCUGCUGUUUUGUCUGGGAUUAGUGAUAUUGUUUCUCAGAAGCUUUCUGGAAUACCUAAACUUCAGCUGAGACGCAUCCUUCUCAAAAUGCUCUUUGGAUUUGCUUAUCUUGGGCCAUUUGGACAUUACAUAUAUAUAUUACUGGAUAAAAUUUUCAAGGGGAAGAGAGAUUCCAAAACUGUUGCCAAGAAGGUUGUGCUGGAACAGUUGACAACUUCUCCUUGCAACAACUUGCUUUUCAUGAUUUACUAUGGGGUGGUUGUUGAGGGAAGACCAUGGAUGCAUGUGAAAACUAGAAUCAAGAAGGAGUAUCCCAAAGUACAGUUGACUUCAUGGACGUUCUGGCCAGUUGUGGGAUGGAUAAACCACCAAUAUGUGCCACUGCAGUUCCGUGUCAUUUUUAAUAGCCUCAUUGCAUUUUGCUGGGGAAUAUUUCUGAAUCUACGGGCAAGAUCUAUGGCAUUGCCCAAGAGUAAAUGAAUGAUUGUAAACCUUCGGUUCAUUUGGAUUGAUUAAUAAUGCCAGCUCCGCAAACCAUACUAGAAGCUUAUUUUAUGUAGCUUGAAGAUUAUUCUCUGCAACCAUGAACUAAUAAUAAAUAUUAAUGUUAAAUCUUGUUGCCUUGUA